CUUGCUCUCUCUCUCCCUCCCUCUCCCUCUCCCUCUCUCGCUCGUUUUAUUGCCUCGCUUCGUGGACCGCAGGGUUUCUGCCGCGGCGCUGGCCCGUAACUUCAGACUCGUUCCUGUUGCCUGAGCUGAAAGACUGACGGAUAGUGGCCCGGCCGUGCCGGCGCACGAGAGGAACUUCAAAGAAGCUUCUUCAUCACUGUUUUUUCCCCCCUCGCCUCCCUGCCGCCAGCACCACUGGCGCUUCCAGCGGCCAUGGGUCCGACAUCCCUGUUAUGGAGGCGGUACUGGCGGCGGCGGUGGCUGAGUGACUGAAAACCGAGAGUGCUGUGGGGGAGAAGGCAGCGGAGGCCACGGGGGUCUCCCUGGCGGUGUGUGGUGUCGUGCUGACGGUGUUUUUAACCCUUAGAUGGUCUCUAGCGAGCCGUUGUUGCUGCCUGUGUCACUGGAGGGCGAGUUCUCCAAUAGCAUGAAGGAGAUGAUCGGCGGCUGCUGCGUGUGCUCCGACGAGAGGGGCUGGGCCGAGAACCCGCUGGUUUACUGCGACGGGCAUGGCUGCAAUGUCGCAGUGCAUCAAGCAUGCUACGGAAUUGUGCAAGUACCCACUGGACCCUGGUUUUGUAGAAAAUGUGAAUCUCAGGAAAGAGCAGCCAGAGUGAAAUGUGAGUUGUGCCCUCACAAAGAUGGUGCUUUAAAGAGGACUGAUGGUGGGGGUUGGGCUCAUGUGGUUUGUGCUCUGUACAUUCCCGAGGUGCAGUUUGCAAAUGUUUCUACAAUGGAACCUAUCGUGUUGCAGUCUGUUCCUCAUGAUCGUUAUAAUAAGACAUGUUAUAUAUGUGAAGAGCAAGGCAGAGAAAGCAAAGCAGCCUCAGGUGCUUGCAUGACCUGUAAUAAACAUGGAUGUCGCCAAGCUUUCCAUGUAACAUGUGCACAGUUUGCAGGACUUCUUUGUGAAGAAGAAGGUAACGGUGCAGACAAUGUCCAAUACUGUGGUUACUGUAAAUACCAUUUCAGUAAACUGAAAUAUAAAGAAAAGGAAAAGCAUAGACAAAAACAUAAGAAGCAAACAGAUUCUUCGCCAUCCUUGGUUCCUUCCCUUACUGUAACUACAGAGAAAACUUACACAAGCACUACCAACAGCUCUAUGACAGGGUCAUUGAAGAGACUGGAAGAUACCACAGCUCGUUUUACAAAUGCAAAUUUCCAGGAAGUCUCUGCACAUGCUUCAAGUGGCAAAGAUGUUUCAGAGGCCAGAGGUUCAGAGAGCAAAGGGAAGAAGUCAGGAGGUCAUAAUUCAGGUCAAAGGGGAAGAAAGCCUGGUGCUGCCAGGACUCCUGGAACUGCAGUAUCAGCAGCUUGUACUUUUCAACAAGGAAGUUUUUUGGGAACUCCAAACAGUACAAAGUCAUCCUCUGGAAGUUCUGUUCAAUCUCCCCAGGAUUUUUUGAGCUUUACAGACUCAGAUCUACGUAAUGACAGCUAUACUCAUUCUCAGCAAACUUUGUCAACCAAAGAUGUAUAUAAAGGAGAGAUUGGAAGUCAGGAAGGUGGUUUGAAUUGCUUUACUUCCUUAAUUAAUCUUCCUUCAACCUCAACUGUUUCCUCCCAGCCUACUAUUUUUGACAGUUCACCUGGAGAGUUAGGUAGUUCAAACCUUACACCAACAGGAUACAAACGUGCUCAGUCAUCUGGGAUAGAAGAUGAAACCAUAAAGGAAAAGAAACGAAAAGGAAAUAAACAAUGUAAGCAUGGGCCUGGUCGGCCCAAAGGAAAUAAAAGUCAAGAUAAUAUUUCUCACCUAUCAGUUUGUUCAGCCUCCCCAACAUCAUCUGUAGCAUCUGCUGCAGGAAGCGUAACGAGUUCUAAUCUGCAGAAAUCUCCAACAUUGCUCAGAAAUGGAAGUCUACAAAGUCUCAGUGUGGGUUCCUCUCCUAUUGGUUCAGGCAUUUAUAGCAGUAAUGAAGUAGCAGUAUCUUUUCCAAAUGUAGUCUCUGGCUCAGGAUCUAGCACUCCUGUUUCCAGCUCACAUUUACCUCAGCAGUCUUCUAGUCAUGUGCAGCAAGUGGGAACUUUGUCUUCUACACCUUCUGUAGCUACAGCUGUUGCUGCAACUCAAGCAUUACCUGGAUCUUCCCUUGGCCUUCCUCCCUCACAUGUCUAUGGCAAUAGGUUAAAUUCUAACUCGACAAUGGCAUCACAUACUACACAAGCUGAAAACAUUCAGUUAGAUCAAGAUCUUGGAGACAAUAGCCGGAGCCUGGUUGGAAGGGGAGGUUCACCCAAAGGAAGUAUUUCACCACGGUCUCCUGUAAGCAACUUACAGAUUCGUUAUGAUCAAUCUGGAAAUAGUAGCGUAGAACAUUUGCCUCCAACACCAUCUACUAUAGAACAACUUCUGGAGAGGCAAUGGAGUGAGGGACAACAGUUCUUACUGGAACAAGGAACUCCCAGUGACAUUUUAGGCAUGCUGAAAUCUUUACACCAGCUUCAAGUUGAAAAUCGCCACUUAGAAGAACAGAUUAAAAAUCUAACUGCUAAAAAGGAGCGCCUCCAGCUCUUAAAUGCCCAGCUUUCAGUUCCUUUCCCAACAAUAACAACCAAUCCAAGUCCUUCUCAUCAAAUGCCUACUUUUUCAGCACAGACUGCUGUUAGCUCUGAUUCUCUAAACAGCAGCAAAAGCCCUAACCUGGGAAGUAGUUUUCUACCUGACAACUCCCUUCCUGUAUUAAAUCAGGAAAUACAUUCCAGUGGACAAAGCACUAGCAGUUCCUCUGCUCUUUCCACUCCACCACCUGCUGGGCAAAGUCCAGCUCAGCAAGGCUCAGGAGUUGGAGGAGUUCAACAGGUCAAUGGUGUGACGGUGGGGGCACUUGCCAGUGGAAUGCAAACUGUAACAUCCAACAUUCCCACAGUGGGUGGAAUAAUUGGAACUCUGCCAGGUAACCAGCUGGCAAUCAAUGGAAUCGUUGGGUCUUUAAAUGGAGUAAUUCAGACUUCUGCUACAAUAUCACAAAAUCCUUCUCCUCUAGCUCACACAGCUGUGCCACCAAAUGCAGUGCAUCCUCUGCCAACCACCCUCAGUAACAGAACCUCUGGACUUGGAUUUCUCCCUGACCAGCAGAGACAACUGUUGCUGCAUCAACAACAACAGCAGUUUCACCACUUACUAAAUACUCAACAAUUCACAACAGAACAGCAUCAGGCUCUUCUGUAUCAACUAGUGCAACAACAUCAACCUGAAGUACAGCAACUACAGCUUUCAGGAGCCACACAGAUUCCCAUUAAUAACUUGCUGGCAGUCUCUCAGGCAUCUCCACUUCACACAGCUGCUACUAACCCAUUCCUUGCAGUUCAUGGGGAUAAUGCAGCUCCAAAAGUCUCUCGGCUUAGUGAUAAAAGUGGAUCCCUUGCGCCAGAAAAAAAUUAACACUUGGAAGUGUAUGUAAAAUCGCAAAAUCCUGCUGAUAGCACUUCAUCUGGCUGUGAGUUGCACUCUCUCUCUCUGCAGGUAUGACGAGACACAUCAAUGAGCUAACUGCACACUGGAAAAGUGAAUCUACCUGAAGAUGUUUAUUGUAAAAUUUGACCUUGUUGCUUUGUGUUGCACUGAAACUGAACUGUUUCCAUCAAAUUGCUUGGAAGCUUGGAUUUCAGAUUAGAGCACUGUUAGUUUAGUCAACUGAUUGGAAUUCAGUUGCUGACUUUACAUAAACUGCAGUGCUAAAAGUCAGAUGUUUAGUUACAUCAGUUCUUUGAAGAAAGCAAAGAAAAUAUGGUUUUUUUGCCAAUGACAUGGUGGUUUGUCAUCAGUGUUUUAGAAGCACCAUUUUUUCUUCAGAAAAGAACCAGGUUUUAAGUCAUUUAUUUUGUCUUACUAGUUUUUAAAAUGUUUUGCUAGAAUGAAAACAUUUAAGAAAUGACAAGUAAUAUUUAAUUUUGAGAUGGAUUUUUCAAGAUCACUGGAAAAGCAUCUGUUGAAAGUCAUAGAACUCUUACCAGAUGAGAAAGGUAACUCCUAUUCUGGUAGUAUUUAAUGUAACCCAAGUGCCUGUUGCUUCCCUCUGUUGGGUUAGGGAUGGCUUUAGACAGCUGGGCAUGCACUAAAAUGAGAUAAAAAAAGCCGCAAGUAUAUUCAACUUUGCACCAGCAGCCUUCCUUUCUGAUCUGCCUUUACUAGAAGUGUUCGUCACUAUCUAUAGUGACGCAGUGGUUAAAAGCAGCACUGCAGGCUACUGCUAGAUCAGCAGGUCAGCGGUUCAAAUCUCACCGGC